CUCUGGGACAUGUCAGUGUACCCCUCCGCCUGCGGUAGAUGUGCUGAGGCUCGAGUAGCCACCAUUUUGCAUGCUUAGUGUGUUCCUCCCUCCAUUGCUAAUAGAGACGGAUCCAGUUAUUUUCUGGCAUCACCGCGGCGAAGAAUGCCAGCUCCGAUCAGACUUCGGGAGCUGAUCCGGACUAUCCGGACAGCACGGACCCAGGCAGAGGAGCGUGAGAUGAUCCAGAAAGAGUGUGCUGCUAUCCGCUCGUCCUUCAGAGAGGAAGACAAUACAUACCGUUGCAGAAAUGUGGCAAAGCUGCUUUAUAUGCACAUGUUGGGCUACCCGGCACACUUUGGCCAGCUGGAGUGCCUGAAGCUGAUUGCGUCCCAGAAGUUCACUGACAAACGGAUAGGUUAUUUGGGAGCUAUGCUGCUGCUGGAUGAGAGGCAGGACGUCCAUCUACUCAUGACAAAUUGCAUUAAGAAUGACUUAAAUCACAGCACACAAUAUGUCCAAGGCCUGGCCUUGUGCACUUUGGGCUGCAUGGGUUCCUCAGAAAUGUGUCGUGACCUGGCAGGAGAAGUGGAGAAGCUCCUCAAAACGUCUAACUCCUACUUAAGGAAAAAAGCAGCAUUGUGUGCUGUUCAUGUCAUCAGGAAGGUUCCAGAACUCAUGGAAAUGUUCCUUCCAGCCACAAAAAACCUGCUGAGUGAGAAGAAUCAUGGUGUUCUCCACACAUCAGUCGUCCUCCUCACUGAAAUGUGUGAAAGAAGUCCCGACAUGCUGGCUCACUUCAGAAAGCUGGUUCCACAGUUGGUGAGAAUCCUGAAGAACCUCAUCAUGUCUGGAUACUCUCCUGAGCAUGAUGUGUCGGGCAUCAGCGACCCUUUCCUGCAGGUGCGGAUAUUGAGACUACUGAGAAUUUUAGGCAAGAGCGAUGACGACUCCAGUGAAGCAAUGAAUGACAUUCUUGCACAGGUGGCAACCAACACAGAGACGAGUAAAAAUGUAGGCAAUGCAAUCCUGUACGAGACUGUACUGACAAUAAUGGACAUCAAGUCAGAAAGUGGAUUGAGGGUCUUGGCCAUCAACAUAUUAGGUCGCUUCCUUCUUAACAAUGACAAAAAUAUUAGAUACGUGGCUUUGACCUCUCUACUAAAGACGGUGCAAACUGACCACAACGCAGUGCAGAGGCAUCGAAGCACCAUCGUGGAUUGUUUGAAAGACCUGGACGUGUCCAUCAAACGACGUGCGAUGGAACUGAGUUUUGCUCUGGUGAACGGCAACAAUGUCCGAGGCAUGAUGAAGGAGCUGCUCUACUUCCUGGACUCCUGUGACCCAGAGUUCAAAGCAGACUGUGCAUCAGGAGUCUUUCUAGCUGCAGAGAAGUAUGCACCUUCGAAAAGAUGGCACAUAGACACUGUGAUGAGAGUCCUGACGACAGCGGGGAGCUACGUGCGAGACGAUUCUGUUCCUAAUCUCAUCCAGCUCAUCACCAACAGCGUGGAGAUGCAUGCCUACACAGUGCAGAGACUCUACAAAGCCCUGCUGGAUGACAUCUCACAGCAACCUCUCGUGCAGGUGGCUUCCUGGUGUAUAGGAGAGUACGGGGACCUGCUACUGUCUGGACAGUGUGAGGAGGAGGAGCCAAUCCAGGUGACUGAAGAUGAAGUCCUGGACGUGUUGGAAGGACUCCUGGCGUCUAACCUGUCCACACCUGUGACCCGGGGUUAUUCUCUCACUGCCAUCAUGAAGCUGUCCACUCGCUUCAGUAGUGUAAACCGAAUCAAGAAGGUGGUUUCAGUGUACGGCAGCAGCAUCGACGUGGAGCUUCAGCAGAGAGCUGUGGAGUACAACGCUCUUUUCAAGAAAUACGACCACAUGAGGCCAGCUCUUCUUGAACGAAUGCCCAUCAUGGAGAAAACUGCCACCAACGGCCCCUCAGAGAUCGUGCAGACAAACGGGGAGACGGAGCCCUCUGCUGUGGAAGCCAAACAUCUACCACCUGUCACCCAGCCUGCCAAUCAGGCUAAUGAUUUAUUAGACUUGCUGGGGGGUAAUGAUGUGGUGCCCGUGAUUCAGACCUCGAUGCCCACCAAGCCCGCCUCAGCUGGAGGAGAGCUGCUCGAUCUGCUGGGCGACCUUUCGCUAAGUGGAGGUCCAGCCCCUGCUUCCUCUGUGCCCUCCUCCCAACCCCCUUUCCUCUUGGACGGCCUCUCCUCACAGCCCCUGUUUAAUGACAUUGCCCCUGCAGGAAUCCCUCCUAUGAUAGCGUACAACAAGAAUGGUCUAAAAAUAGACUUCACAUUUGAGCGUGCUAAUCCCAAUCCCAACGUGGCAGUCAUCACCAUCCAUGCUACCAACUCCACAGAGUCAGAGAUGACAGAGUUUGUUUUUCAGGCUGCAGUACCAAAGACAUUCCAGCUGCAGCUCCUCUCACCGAGCAGUAACGUUGUCCCCGCACUCAACCAGGGUUCUGUCACGCAGGUCAUCAGAGUCCUCAACCCACAGAAGCAACAGUUACGAAUGAGGAUCAAGCUGACGUACACCCACAAAGGCUCGCCUGUGCAGGACCUGUCUGAGGUGAAUAAUUUCCCCCCUCAGUCCUGGCAGUGAUGAGCUGCGCCUGUUGCUCUUAAACGCCCCACCAAGGGAACUAUGAGAACGAUCUCCUUUCACUUCCCUCCUCUCUUCCACUGGACCCCCCUGUGACAUCAGUGCACGCUGCUGCCCUGGAGUUGCAUGGGAAGCAGCAGAGCGUCCGACACAGGAGAAAAAUGCAGAUGUUACGAAAAACCCUGUUGACUCUCGACAUCACAAAGAAAAAUUGGGGAAAACAUAUCAAUCGGCAAACUUUAUCUUUUCUUUCCUAAUUGGUUUUCAUGAUCUCUUUGCCUCCGAGUACUAUUUUGUCCACUAACACUUUCUCCACGGCACCGUCACCUCCCUCACACACACACACACACACACACACACACACACACACACACACACACACACACACACUGUGGUACACUUUACCACACACAUCACUGAGACUCUGUGUUGCUCACUACGAGCAGUGCAGUCGUCAUGUUCUCGUGUUAAUUUGAAACGAACACAUUCAGGGUCAGACUUUUUAUACGAUCCCUCGUCUCUGUCACAGAAGCGGACGAAACAAAGGUCAGUUUAGUGCAUCGUCUCCUUCUUGACCCUCCGUACCACGAGUGAUAUAACUUGUUUGAGUUGUAUACAUCUUUGAAUUACAUUAAUUUGCUUAAAGCAUAUUUGAGCAUUGUUAGGAUCACGAUCACACACUGACUGAAGCUCAGUGUGUGAUCAAGUCGACGACUUUGUCCUGCUUUCACUUUGUUUUGUCACGAUGGAAAAGAUUGUUAAGUGGAUGGCAGACGCGCGGUUAGAUCACCUGUGUAUAGAUGAAGAGAAAACACUCAGACCUGCUCUGUAGCUUGAGUUUCCAUGUGUAUAUUAAACUCACCGGUUCAUUGCUUUACUUAGUUUCAGGAUGUUCGUUCGUUCGUUCGUUCUUUAAAAUGGAAAAAGUCUGAAGUUGAUCUGAUGACGAGUUGAUCCGGGGAUCGACGUUGAAACUUCCGUGUCCUCGCAGUGUAGAUACAUUUCAGAUUUAUUUAACCUGAUUAAAUGAAAUCCUGGUCACCACGCACAUACAUGAAGAUGAAGCUGGUUAUGAAUGUAGUUACAUGCACUGAAUGCUUUUCCCUCCUUUCUCAAGUCUUGUUUCUGUGAUGAGGACGCUCAUCUCAUCAGCACUAUUUUUGUGAAACUGUUUGAUUUCUGCAGUAAUUUGACUUGACUAUUUAUGCCUGAUAUCAAAGUGAUGUGCCUUUCUGACUUAGCUAGAGAAAAAAGCCCCUGAACGAUGGAGUUGUGUAUGAGCUGCGACGAUUGUUUCUUUUUUCACUCUGACGUUUUGAAUUGGUGUCACUUCAUUACAUAGAGUUCUAUAGGAGUCUCUUAAUGAGCGGACAAUAAUAAUAAUGAUAAUAAUAGUCACCCACGUGUUCCCAGAUGUCCACAGCAAUGUGAUGAUUGUCUUUGUUUUGAGAGAAAAAGAAAAAGUCGAUUUGAAUCAUUUCCCCCCGACUGUCCAUUAAAAACACGUGUUGGAUGUAAUAACUAAUAACGACGCAGAUGUUGAAGACUAUGGCAGCUAAUCGAUGUAAACGUCUCCUGAACUGAGUUCAUUGGUGUGUUUUUUUUUUUUUAAAAAAGUCUUGAUUUCCCUCCAUCGACAGACGUGGGCGUGUGUUUGGAUCGAGGUUGAGAUUGUGGGUCAGUCUGGGACGGGUGGUUCUGUGGUGAGUCAGAUUCUGACCGUGCUAAUACCUCACCAUGUUCUCUGACCGUAGAUCCACAGCUUUAGUUAUGGAUUGCAAUCAAGGGGGAGGAGCAUCUGCAUGAGAGGAACUAAUGUUCAUUCAUUAACAAGCUUAACUUAAACCCUCCGGUGUUCAGUCAGGCUGUAUUCUUUAUUAUUUUUCCUCUUUGCUUCACUUUCUUCUUACUCCUGUGACCAAAUCAGAGAGACUAUUAGCGUUGGAGAUAUUUCUGAUGUGUAUAUGGUGAAAAUAAUUUCCUUUUUCUGUUUUUUUCUGUACAUAUUGAGGGCUUUUACACUUUGUGUCUCUUGUACUAUCUUUCAUCCUUUUUUUAGAUGCCAUUUUCUAAAAAAAACAAACCUCUUCAUAAUGUAUAUUGUCUAAAUGGAUCCCGUCAUCGUUGGUCUAAUGAGACGUCCCUGUAUCGUCAGUAACUAACUGUAAAAGAUAUAUGAUCUGCUGCCUGUACAUUGUAUAUAGUUGUAAAACAAACAAAAGCUGAUCACAUGAAAUAAAUAAAACCCACGUGAAGAAUUAAAAGGAUUAGCUAGAAAGUAUAAUUAAUUAUAUGCAUAUAUUUACAAAACAGAAUCUUAACAGGAUGCAACUGAGCUGCAUCUUCUUUGAUUAUUGUGUCACCUUAACUCCUCUUCACAAACACAGUCGCUGAGUGAAGGCUUAGGUCUGUCUCCACAGACACUGUGUGAGUGAUGCACUGUACUACUGAGAACCCCGAGCACAGCCGUGGCACCUUCCUCAUCUGCUUCCUCGUGUGUCCACGCCCUCCUCUUCCCUCUGGCGUCUUGUGUGUGUGUGUGUGUGUGUGCUCCUCGAUUGCCGCCUUUUCUUUCCAUCACUCACACUUUCUAAGUCUCGUGUCUUCACCAAACGAGGCCAAGUAGGUUUGAGUUGGUCUCGUCAGGGGCUGAUAGUUUUGGCGGUUCCUGUUGGAGCAGUUUAGGGCUCCGUGUCUUCACUUCCAUCCCAUCGUCACCGAUGUUUGCCUCUGCAUGGCACACGCGCAGCUUCUUUUCAUCUGCGCUGAUAUGAAAGGGUUUGGUGAGGAUAUUAGAGAGAGAGAGAGACAGAGAGGAAGGCAAUAGAUCAUGUUUUUCUUUUCUUUGAAUGAGGCGUUGCUUCAUCCUCAGACAAACCUGUGCUGUGAGAUAAUGACCACAAGGGGGAGUCGAGCGAAACGAAAGUUUCAUAUCACGUCAAACUCGUUUAGUUCCAUGUGAUCUGAGUUCUUUCAGUGAUAAAUGUACAAAUGAGCCGACACAAGUGCUUUGGACAGUUUUGAUUUAAAAAAGAAAGAAAUGGAAACGAGUACAUAUUUGAAGUUCUCCUACUUGUAUAUGAGAGAGAGGGAAAAACUCUGCUUUGAGGUGAAGUGUGACUUGUCUUUUAUCUAAAUAGGACAUUUUUUGGCUGCAAUUUCAACUUUCAGCUUGUGAGCUGCAUGUGGAAACCAGUGUAAAUAAUGUCAUUUCUACUCUUGAUCUGAGAUUCUUUUUUGAAAUGCAAGACGUUAAAAAGUAUAAAACGGUUCACGCCACUUUCACGGGUCAGGACGAACAUGUACAGCUGUCCACGUCACGCUCACAGUGCUGUCCAUGUUUUCACAGGGAGCUGAAAGUGCACAUCCUUCAGAUUAUUCUGAUUUCUCUUGUGUUUUUUUAUUUUGAUUUGUUGGGUUUGAGUUCUGCGUGUAACGGGCUUGGAAGAGCAUUUAAAUUAUGACCAUGUUCAGUUUCCCUGUUCAAUCCAGCAAUGCAACCAUUGUGUUUGGAAAACAAAAUGUCUGUGACCCCCCAGGUCUGUCCUGACUGUAAAACAGUGUCGUUUCUGGUUUGUUGGGGGGGAGGGGGGAGGAUUUAAGCAUAAGGUUCACUUUUUCCAGUCAGGUUUGACAUGUUGAACUGAACCCUAGUUCCACGUGGCUUCAAGGUGAGUGUGAAUGUCAGACUGAAAGUAUGAAAAGAUGAUUAAAGAUGAAGUUGUAAACUAUUAAAUGGGAUAUUUUCAAUUUAUGCUGUGUAUUCUUGUCUUUGGGUUGGAGAAAUGAUCAAGCGAAUAAAACAUCAAAUAAAGAAUCUAGUUGGA